UUUCUCAUCAAUUUCUACAAAGGCCGGUAUUUCCUGAGAGGUUUCAAAUAUUUUUCGGACGACCGUUUUUACAUUGAUAUAUUGCCAUACAUUGACGAGAUCGCAAUGCACGCAAAAGGCAUUUCUGCUCUACGCCCAAUUCCGGAAACAAAACAACCGAGAGGAUUCACCGAGCCAAACAACCUCAGUUUCCCAAACUGCGGAAUGAAACCGACGUCAACAAGAACGAAACGAGAAAUUGACGAUUCUUCCGAAGAAUUACCACCGAAUCGUAAUAUUAUCGGCGGAAACAUGGCUCAGAGAGGUUAUCACCCGUGGAAUGUUUACAUUGAGAAUGAGGAGACAGGAGAAGCCUGUGGCGGGACAUUGAUUUCGCCAACAGUAAUUUUGACUGCGGCUCAUUGCAUUUAUGGAUCAAAAGCUGAGGACUUCAUAGUUUCUGUUGGGAUGUACGAUAAAAGUAAAAGAAGAGCUGCUGAUGGUGUCCAGACAAGAUUGCCCAGCAGGCUUCUCACUCACCCGAAAUAUGACUCUACGAGUUACACGAGUGACAUCGGACUCAUGAUUUUGCAGCCAAAAAUAAAAAUUACCGGCCAUGUCCGACCGAUUUGCUUGUGGAACGUCGACUCUGACCCUAAAUUAAAACGCGUGGCUGGAACUGAAGCUAUGGCAGUUGGAUUCGGGCUUGCUGACAACUACACGCUGCCAGAUGAGCUGCAACAGGUUCGACUGCCGAUUAGAACUCACAGAGAAUGCUUCUUGUCGAAAAGGAAAUUUUUCGGGAAAUAUUUGCGGCCGGGAAACAACUUUUGCGCGGGCUACACGAACGGAACAUCCACCUGCAACGGAGACAGCGGAGGAAGCCUUUCGGUGGAAAAAGACAGCCGUUGGUUCAUCAGGGGCAUUGUCAGCAUUGGAAUGUCGAAAAGGGUGAAGUUUAAUGGUGAAGAAACACUGUUGUGUCACCCUGAUCAAUAUUCCUUGUUCGCCGACGUCGCAAGUUUCAUGGACUGGAUCGUGGAAAAUACGCCGGAAAUUUCAUUCCGAAAUUAAAUGUGUUUUGAAACAAAAAAAGAAGUUUAGCAAGAGGAUUAGUGGUUUUUCAGUAGAAAAAUGUAGAUGUUCAGCAUAAUCUCUUAUUAAAAUACUUUUGCUAUGGUUUUU